AUAACGGUCCCCGCCGGAGUGAGGCGAGGCUGCGUCGCUCAGUUCUGGCCGUCUAGGGCCCCUGUAAGGAUGAGAGCGCAGAGGACGCAGGGCCGCUGGAGGCGCAGGUAACGAAGCUAGGGUGCGGUUGGGACCGCGGCUGAGCUUCUUCCGGGACCCUUGGUGCUGAAUGGAGAGGACGGAGACGAAGCCGAGCCGCGGCUCCUAGCGGCGGCGCCGAUACUCGAGCUGUAGCUGCCAGGCGAGGAUGUGUGGAGCGCAGGCGGCGCGGGGUAAAUGAGAGGUCUCGGGCCCCAGGACCCCCGGGGCCCGGGAUGAGUUAGCGAGGGCAGCCGCGGGGGCCAGUUCCGACCGUGACAGGCCAAGGCGACGGCCGCCGCCCGCCCGCCCCUUCCGUGCAGAAGCAGCUGCUCCUUUCCGCGCCCGCCCGCCUGCGCUCCCGGCCCUGGAGACCAUGAGGUUCCGCAUCUACAAACGGAAGGUGCUAAUCCUGACGCUCGUGGUGGCCGCCUGCGGCUUCGUCCUCUGGAGCAGCAAUGGGCGACAAAGGAAGAACGAGGCCCUCGCCCCACCGUUGCUGGACGCCGAACCCGCGCGGGGUGCCGGCGGCCGCGGCGGGGACCACCCCUCUGUGGCUGUGGGCAUCCGCAGGGUCUCCAACGUGUCGGCGGCUCCCCUGGUCCCGGCGGUCCCCCAGCCCGAGGCGGACAACCUGACGCUGCGGUACCGGUCCCUGGUGUACCAGCUGAACUUUGAUCAGACGCUGAGGAAUGUAGAUAAGGCUGGCACCUGGGCCCCCCGGGAGCUGGUGCUGGUGGUCCAGGUGCAUAACCGGCCCGAAUACCUCAGACUGCUGCUGGACUCACUUCGAAAAGCCCAGGGAAUUGACAACGUCCUCGUCAUCUUUAGCCAUGACUUCUGGUCGACCGAGAUCAAUCAGCUGAUCGCCGGAGUGAAUUUCUGUCCGGUUCUGCAGGUGUUCUUUCCUUUCAGCAUUCAGUUGUACCCUAACGAGUUUCCAGGUAGUGACCCUAGAGAUUGUCCCAGAGACCUGCCGAAGAAUGCCGCUUUGAAAUUGGGGUGCAUCAAUGCUGAGUAUCCCGACUCCUUCGGCCAUUAUAGAGAGGCCAAAUUCUCCCAGACCAAACAUCACUGGUGGUGGAAGCUGCAUUUUGUGUGGGAAAGAGUGAAAAUUCUUCGAGAUUAUGCUGGCCUUAUACUUUUCCUAGAAGAGGAUCACUACUUAGCCCCAGACUUUUACCAUGUCUUCAAAAAGAUGUGGAAACUGAAGCAGCAAGAGUGCCCUGAAUGUGAUGUUCUCUCCCUGGGGACCUAUAGUGCCAGUCGCAGUUUCUAUGGCAUGGCUGACAAGGUAGAUGUGAAAACUUGGAAAUCCACAGAGCACAAUAUGGGUCUAGCCUUGACCCGGAAUGCCUAUCAGAAGCUGAUCGAGUGCACAGACACUUUCUGUACUUAUGAUGAUUAUAACUGGGACUGGACUCUUCAAUACUUGACUGUAUCUUGUCUUCCAAAAUUCUGGAAAGUGCUGGUUCCUCAAGUUCCUAGGAUUUUUCAUGCUGGAGACUGUGGUAUGCAUCACAAGAAAACCUGUAGACCAUCCACUCAGAGUGCCCAAAUUGAGUCACUCUUAAAUAAUAACAAACAAUACAUGUUUCCAGAAACUCUAACUAUCAGUGAGAAGUUUACUGUGGUAGCCAUUUCCCCACCUAGAAAAAAUGGAGGGUGGGGAGAUAUUAGGGACCAUGAACUCUGUAAAAGUUAUAGAAGACUGCAGUGAAAAUCACAGUUACAAAAGCAAAAGUGACAGUCUUCUAUUUUUGAUAUUUGUCCAAACAGGACAUACAAUUGAAUAAAAGAGUUUAGGAA